UACUGCGCAUGCGUCAAAGACUUGGUUACCGUAAUGAGCGCCGAGUUUUCCUCCUUUGUAAACAAAAGUUUUUUGCUUAGUUAAAAGUUAUCAUAAGGAAUUCAAAAAAAUGGCCGAGGCUACUGAAGAGAAGAAAGCAGAUUCAGAUUCAAAACGAGUACACACAUAUCCACUAAUCAGACAUUCAGAUAUGAAUGAUGAAAUGAAAACAGAAGCAAUGGAAUUGUGUGUGACUGCAUGUGAAAAAUUUGCAUCAAAUAAUGAGAAUGCUGCUAAGAUGAUCAAAGACACAAUGGAUAAGAAGUUUGGAGCAUCCUGGCAUGCAGUUGUUGGAGAAGGUUAUGGCUUUGAAAUUACACAUGAAGUCAAAAAUCUUUUGUACAUGUUUUUUGGUGGUAAUAUAGCAAUCAUACUUUGGAAAUGUUCAUGAGUUGUUUCCCUUUAUCACUAUUCAACAUAUUUAUUUUUUUAACAUCUAAAAGCAUAGACUUCAAUGAUAUUGUUAUUAAAAUGUGUAAAUAGAGCAGAGUUGGAUAUAUUGUUUUGUAUGCUCUUGCAGUAUAUUUUGGGAGGAAAAUAUAAACAACUGAAAAUACAAUCAUCUAGUUUUAUGUACAAUUCAAAUGAAAAUAAUGUGUUUCAAAUUUGUUUUGUAUCUUGAAAAAUCUUUGAAGCAUGUCUUUUCAGUUUGAUGAAAUUAUACAUAAAUAUGUCAUACUUAUUCUUCCAGGGAAUUAAAAAUUUUAUUUCUUUUUACUGCACAUUUCAUAAGAGGAAAAAUGGAAGAGAGUUAAAAAAAAAAUUUCAGAAAAUGUUUUAUGUACAGCACAUCAGAGCUUCAUUCUCCAUGUUCUAGAAAAAGCUUUUUUCUGCUUUGCCCUUUAAAUCUAAGAGAAAGAUUCUUUGUAAAUUAUUUUUUUCCCAAACAAAUUUGUUUACUGGCUUAAUAGCCACAACCAUGUACAUUCCGUCCAACAUUUGUUAACUAUGCUGUUGAUGUUGAUUCCUUGUCUAGAUUAUGCACAACUGAUAAACAUCAAAUUAUAAAUUUCAUUUGUGUGUUUGUGCGUGGGUGUCUGAAAAUUUGCAGUAACCUCCAAGAAAUAAAAAUGUUCAGAUUUUUGUGACUUUUUUUUUUUUUUAAUAUAGAACUAGAAUUGGUAUACAUUAUUAUCAUAAAAUGAUUCAAAUUCUAAAUUUAUUCAAGAAAUUGAAAGAAGAUACACUGAGGCCCAAGCCUAAAUGAAGAUGAUAAGUUGGGCAGUUUGAAUAGAAAAGCACUAUGACUUGUAAUCCCCCAAAAAGUCUUGAUGUGGAAGGCAGUGCCACUUAUGACUGUUGUGCACAAGUCAACAUCACUUUACCAUGAUCAUUACAGCCUUUGUAAAAUAAUUUAAACCUGAUUUGUGACUAGUGGUUUACUGAGAGUUGUAUUAUGCAUUCUUAAGCUAAUGUAAGCUCCUUAAGAACACAAUGAACUCAGUCCUGUAAAAAAAUUAGUCUUUUCCAGGACUAGAGAUAAAAAUCUCUAUCUUCAGCUGAAUACUUGAACACUUUGACCUCACAUCUUUAAACCUUUGUUGUUGUUUUUUAAUUAAAAAAACAACAUGUAUAGCUUAUACAUCUAGACAUUUAUUCUGCUGCUAAGUCUCUUAAAACUUUAAUUAUUUGUAAAUAGUUCAAUGCAACAAUACUAAUGUUUACAAGUGAUUAGCUUAUGGUUAUGCUUUAUUUUCUAUGUAUUUGAAUAGAAACAACAGUUUAUGAUCUCUUUUGUAUUUCCAUUCCCUAUAAGUAUUUUCAACACGACAGAAUUCUUUGUUUUAAUAGGCAAAGUUAAACACAGUUUAAGACUGUUAACGUUUGUUCAUGACUAUCUAGGUCAAUCUAGGAUGCAUUGUCACAUCUCUGAAGUGUGCAAAGCUGUACAUGUCAUGAUACUCAAGGAGACACAAUGAAGUCAUGUCAUGUAUAUGUAGCACUAUAAUUGGAUAGCGACUACUUCAAAAUUAUGAGUGUUAUUUUUAUCUUAAUAAGCAAGAUUAUAACUUUUAGAUAUGGUUCCAUUUUUUUAUGUAUCAUCUGUUUGCUUAAGAUUAAUAGUAAAUAGACUGCAACAGUUGACCUGGAUUAAAAUAAAGUAGACCAAAGUCAACAGCCUCUUGUAUUUUGUUGAUUACCGGUAUAUAAAGUAAUUUUGAUCAGGUUUUAAUUCAAAGAUUCACUAAAGAUUAAUUUUUCUGUCCAGGUAAUCUAUAAAUUAUGUUGAAAGCAAAAAUUUUUAAAUUUUUAACUAAACAACAAUUACAAUUUUAAUUACUGGUACUGUACGUUGGAUUAAAAAAAAAGAUUUAUGAGUUGCAAGUUGUAUUUAGUCUAAAAAUGGUUUCUAAAAGAAAAUCUUUUUUUAUUGCUUGUUCUUAUUACAAGUAAAGCCGGUUUGUCAUUGUGCUGUAUGAAAGCACAUUUGUUCCACAGCAAAAGAAUAUGUUUCUAUAUUCCUUGCUUUGAGAGAGAAGUAAUAUAAUAUUCAUCCAUUCCUUUAGAUUUUUUUUAUUUGCAAAGGUAAAUGUGGUAGCUAAUGAAAACUAUAAUAUGUACCCUUGUUACUUUUUUUUUUCUUAAAUUAACCAGUAUCUUAGACAAAUAGUCAAACUUGAACAAACUAAUUAUCCUUAAGGUAAAAAAAAAAAAAUCUAGGCUAUGCUCAUGGAAUUUUGGUGACUAGUUUUUCUAUACCAAAUUUUCAGCCCCCUUUUAAUGGAAUUGGGUCAUUGUAGUUCUUCCUUUUUUUUUUAGUUAUUUAUUAGUGUUAAUAUUUGAUAUGUAAGUUAUAGUCCUUAGUCUUUGUGAGUUAUGCGUCUUUUGUUGUGAACAUGUCCUUCCUGCCUAAGAUGGCGUCCUGUGUUGAUGAUUAAAAGGGUGUUCGGCCCAACUA